AUGUUUCGCAGCGCUUUUCGCCCCCUCUCUUCCUUUCCCUGCCCUAGAAGCGCUCGUAGCGUGCGACUUCUUCAUCGUGUCACAACAGAUUUCAUUGCCCAUGACGCGAGAGGAGAUCUGGUUACCAGAAAGGUGCCUGUUAUUGUUGGCGACUCGGGAGAAACUUACAUGUUGAUUGAGCAAGAGGUUGGCUGUGCACUCCGUGCUGCCAGUCCCUUUAUAUCAGCAUCUGCAGCUAGUGCUGAAUAUCGUUAUAAGCUUACGUUUUUUCCACGAUUCUCAACACUUUGGAUUUGGUAUGUUGUCAGUGUGCGAGAGUCCUAUUCAGCCCAGCCUUACCAGUUUAUUUUCAUUGCUAGGAUCAACGAGUUAUCCCCGUCUCUAUGCCUCAAGCCAAAUUCCGCAAUAGACAGAGUUGAAUACAAGCCCUGCAACUUUGUUCAUUGGCGGAAAGAUGCACCAUCUACUUCUAGAUGGAACACCAGAUGCAAUAUUUGCGGAGAACGCAAACGCCACUGGACGGAACCUGGCAAGCGUACUCGACCAGCUGAAGGAUAUGUGAUAUCAAAGCUUGUUUCCCCUACUGCCAUGUCGGGAAUCGUUUGAUACAAGACCGUCGAGACGGAUUGUCAAUCUACGACUAGAAC